AUGGAUGUAGAAGAUGAAGAGAACCUGAGUUCGAGCAGCACAGAGGCUAAGGACAGCUGCAGUGUGGACCCUGGGCCCCCGGGGGACAGCGCUCCGGGGCCGGCUGACAGCUCCCUGCUCCCUAACGGGGGCGGGGGCGGCGUCGGCAGGAAGCGGCCCCUGGACGAGGGCAGCAAUGGGCACGCCAAGUUCCGCCUGAAGAAGCGGAGGAGGGCGCCGGGGCCCGCGCUGCCCAAGAACGCGCUGAUGCAGCUGAACGAGAUCAAGCCCGGCCUGCAGUACACGCUGCUGUCCCAGACGGGGCCCGUGCAUGCACCGCUCUUCGUCAUCUCCGUGGAGGUGAACGGGCAGGUGUUCGAGGGCUCGGGCCCCACCAAGAAGAAGGCCAAGCUGCAGGCGGCCGAGAAGGCCCUGCGCUCCUUCGUGCAGUUCCCCAACGCCUCCGAGGCCCACCUGGCCAUGGGCCGGAGCCUGUCCGCCAACACGGACUUCACGUCGGACCAGGCGGACUUCCCCGACGCGCUCUUCAACGGCUUCGAGACGCCGGACAGGUCGGAAGUGCCCUUCUACACGGGCUCCAACGGCGGCGACGACUCCUUCAGCUCCAGCGGGGACCUCAGCUUGUCCGCCUCCCCCGUGCCCGCCACCGUGGUCCCGCCGCCCCUCCCGGUCCUGCCCCCGUUCCCCCCGCCCGCCGGCAAGAACCCCGUGAUGAUCCUGAACGAGCUGCGCCCGGGCCUCAAGUACGACUUCCUGUCGGAGAGCGGGGAGAGCCACGCCAAGAACUUCGUCAUGUCCGUCGUGGUGGACGGCCAGUUCUUCGAAGGCUCGGGGAGGAACAAAAAGCUGGCCAAGGCCCGGGCCGCGCAGUCUGCCCUGGCCACCAUUUUUAACUUGCACUUGGAUCAAACGCCGUCUCGCCAGCCCAUCCUCAGCGAGGGCCUCCAGCUACACCUGCCCCAGGUGUUAGCCGACGCCGUGGCCCGCCUGGUUCUGGAUAAGUUCGGUGAUCUGACGGAAAACUUCACCUCCCCCCACGCACGCAGGAAGGUUCUUGCUGGAAUUGUCAUGACAACAGGCACCGAUGUUAAAGAUGCCCAGGUGAUAUGCGUUUCCACGGGAACGAAGUGUAUUAACGGCGAGUACAUGAGUGACCGUGGCCUCGCUCUGAAUGACUGCCACGCAGAGAUCAUAUCUCGGCGGUCCUUGCUCAGGUUCCUUUACACACAGCUUGAGCUGUACCUAAAUAGCAAAGAGGAUCAGAAGAAGUCCAUCUUCCAGAAGUCCGAGCGGGGAGGCUUUCGGCUGAAGGACACCGUCCAGUUCCACCUGUACAUCAGCACCUCGCCCUGCGGGGACGCCAGGAUCUUCUCACCUCACGAACCAAUCCUGGAAGAACCGGCAGACAGACACCCGAAUCGCAAAGCCCGGGGACAGCUGCGGACGAAGAUAGAAUCUGGCGAGGGGACGAUCCCCGUGCGCUCGAACGCGAGCAUCCAGACGUGGGACGGGGUGCUGCAGGGCGAGAGGCUGCUCACCAUGUCCUGCAGCGACAAGAUGGCACGGUGGAACGUGGUGGGCAUCCAGGGCUCCCUGCUCAGCAUCUUCGUGGAGCCCAUUUACCUCUCGAGCAUCAUCUUGGGCAGCCUGUACCACGGGGACCACCUCUCCAGAGCCAUGUACCAGCGGAUCUCCAACAUCGAAGACCUGCCCCCUCUCUACACCCUCAACAAGCCUCUGCUCAGUGGCAUCAGCAAUGCAGAAGCGCGGCAGCCGGGAAAGGCACCCAACUUCAGCGUCAACUGGACGGUGGGCGACUCGGCCAUCGAGGUCAUCAACUCCACGACGGGCAAGGACGAGCUGGGCCGAGCGUCUCGCCUGUGUAAGCACGCGUUGUACUGUCGCUGGAUGCGUGUGCACGGCAAGGUUCCCACCAGCCUACAGCGCUCCAAGAUCCUCAAGCCCAACCUGUACCAUGAGUCCAAGCUGGUGGCGAGGGAGUACCAGGCGGCCAAGGCCUGCAUGUUCCGGGCGUUCAUCAAGGCGGGGCUGGGGGCCUGGGUGGAGAAGCCCACCGAGCAGGACCAGUUCUCGCUCACGCCCUGA